AUAGACGUCUGUAUUGACAGCCAAUGCAUCCGCGGAUCAGUUAAUCGGUGACAAUGUCUACGGAACGGGUGAUCGCGUUGAUAGACAUGGACUGCUUCUACGUGCAGUGCGAGCAGCGCCUACAGCCGGACAGGUGGGGCCAGCCGUGCGCUGUCGCCCAAUACAACAACUGGAAAGGCGGCAUACUUAUAGCCGUGAACUAUGAGGCCAGGGAUGGCGGCGUUAAGCGGUAUAUGAGGGGCUCGGAGGCAACGGCCGUGUGUCCCGAUCUGCACGUGUUUGCCGUACCGGAAGUCCGGGGGAAAGCAGACCUCACGCGCUAUCGGGACGCCUCCCAAGAGGUGUUUAACGCCAUCCAAGAGUCGGUCCAAUCGCUGACCGCCGCCGCGGACAUCAUCGUCGAGAAGGCGUCGGUGGACGAGGCGUUCGUCGACCUGACGGCGCACGUGAACCACACGCUCGACCAGUUAGAGCCACCGGCGGUGCCUACCGGCGCUCAACUCGCGGACACGUACCUCGAGUUGGCCCCGCGGGACGACCCCACGGCCGGCGGCAACGAUUUGGGCCAAUGGUUAGACGAGUUGCGCGACGACAACGGGUUCCUGCGCUCCGAUGAUAUACGGCUGGCGUUGGCGGCACUGGUAGUCCAGCGGAUACGCGCGCACAUCGCCGAUAAGACACAGUUC